AUGACUAUGAAAUAUGGUGGGGGAUGUGCUUGCAAUCCUCCACCAUAUGUGUACGUUAUUUUAUAUUUAAUUAGACUCACGUAUUUUAGUUUACGAAUUUUCUAUAUUUCCUGCCUAAGUAUUAUGAAUUAUUCCACUGAAUCAUUAAAAGCGGUACUUUGCGAUCCAGAGAUAGUCCAAAUAAAUAGAUUGCCCGUUAGAGCUUAUUACUUACCAAAGGAGUGUCUUACUCUUAAUGGUCGUUGGAAUUUCCACUAUGCUGAAAGUCCCGAACUUUCGCCAUUACCCUAUGAUGGAGACUUUAAAUUCACUGAGAGAAUUACUGUUCCAGGCCAUUGGCAACUUAAUGGAUACGGGAAACCAAAUUACACUAACGUUCAAUACCCAUUCGCUGUAGAUCCUCCAAACCCACCUACGCACAACCCAACUGGUACAUACUAUAGAGAGUUUGUCGUACCGAGACAUUGGCACUCUGACGAAUUUAGAUUACGAUUCGAGGGUAUUGAUUGUUCUUAUCAUGUUUUUUUGAAUGAGAAUUUAGUUGGUUACAGCGAGGGAAGCAGAAAUCUGGCAGAAUUUGAUGUCAGCGGGCUAUUGAAUACAGAAGGAACUAACAGCCUCUGGGUAAGGGUGUAUCAAUGGGCAAGUUCUUCAUAUAUCGAGGAUCAGGACCAGUGGUGGCUUAGUGGCAUCUAUAGAGACGUUUAUCUUCUUGGCUUUGAUAAACUAGGUUAUAUUCUGGAUUUUGUUGUAAAAACAGACUUAGACGAAUCCUAUGUCAAUGCUAAACUUAUCCUUGACUUAGACGUACACACUCAUGGGGAUGCUCAACUCAAUAUGCUCUUGAGCGAUCAAGAAAAGAAUCAUGUCAUUGACGAAACUUUUUCUGAUGUUGAAAAGAACUUCAAGAAGACCUUUCAUAUCAAAGGGCCACAAAAGUGGACGGCAGAAACACCUUAUCUUUAUAAUUUGAGCUUAGCAAUUUAUGUUGAUGGUAGAGAAACAAACUUUUUGACACAAGAAAUUGGGUUUAGAAAAGUCGAAAUUAAAAGCUCAAAAAUAAUGGUGAAUGGUGUUGAAAUUUUAUUGAAAGGAGUAAAUAGACAUGAUCAUCAUCCGAGAUUUGGAAGGGCUGUACCACUAGAUUUUAUUGAACGUGAUUUACAGAUUAUGAAAGCCCAUAAUAUUAAUGCGAUUAGGACAUCACAUUACCCAAAUCAUCCGUUAUUUUAUGAACUUACGAAUAGAUAUGGUUUAUGGAUCAUGGAUGAGGCAGAUUUAGAGUGUCAUGGAUUUUUUGAGGCGGUUAGAAGACCCUUAGAUGGAUCUAAUGAUAUCGAAUACAAGGAAAACAAGCAGGAAUUGUAUCAAAUGGCAUCUAAAUUUUCUUCAGAUAAUCCGGCUUGGAGAACUGCUUAUUUGGAUAGAGCUGAACAGCUCGUGAAACGUGACAUAAACCAACCAUCUGUUAUUUUUUGGUCCCUUGGAAAUGAAUCAUUUUAUGGUAAAAACCUUAUUGAAAUGGCUCUUUUAAUUAGGAAACUAGACCCAACACGAUUGGUACAUUAUGAGUAUGACUUAAAAGGUGAAAUAACAGAUGUAUAUAGCAGAAUGUAUUUAAGCUUUGCGACUUUAAAAGAAUAUGCCGAACAAGAGCAGAAACCAGUUAUCCUUUGUGAGUUUGGACAUGCUAUGGGUAAUGGACCAGGACUGUUGAAAGAUUAUUUUGAUAUGUUUUAUAAGUACGACAGACUCCAAGGUGGAUUUAUCUGGGAAUGGUGCAACCAUGGCUUAGAAGGAUAUAUAGAUGACAAAUUUGCUUAUUGUUACGGAGGGGAUUUCGCUGAUAUCCCAAAUGAUGGAGAAUUUAUUAUGGAUGGGUUAGUAGACUCAACUCACGACCCAAGUCCAGGGUUGGUUGAAUAUAAGAAAGUGAUAGAGCCGUUUGCCUUUGAAUUUAGGAGCAAGAAAAUCUAUAUCACUAAUUUGUUUGAUUUUAGAUCAUCUAAAGACUUUCGUUUUCUCUUCAAGAUCACUGAAUAUACUGCUUACAGCUAUGAAGUCAUCAAAGAAGGUAUUUUAGAAGUUCCUUGUAUUUUUCCUAGAGAAGUAAUAAGUAUCGAUCAACCUGAAUUGUCAUCGAUGUGCAAUGUGAUUUUGUUAAUUGAAGUGAAGCCAAUGCUUGAACAACUCGGGAUACCCAAGAACACAUUAAUCGCUUGGGGACAAUACGAGUUAAAUAGAAGAACUGGACUUGCGAAACAUUGCAGUACCCUAGAGCCUUCCCAUUUUAACGUAAAGGAAUCUCAAAGAAAUAUUGUUGUCAAGCUGGAAUUAUCUUAUUUCGAAUUUUGUAAAAAGCGCGGACUGAUUGUGAGCUGGAAGAAUAAUGGGGAGGAAUACUUAAUUCCGGGUCAUAACAAUUUGACAUUUUGGAGAGCUAGUAUCAACAAUGAUGCUGAAGCGGAUGCAAUUCAUUGGAAAAAAUUUGGUUUGCAUAUGAUGCGUCUCAACGUAAAAUCUGUGCAGCUAGAGGAGUUUCCAGGAAAUGCAAUGAUUUGCAAAAUAACGGUCGAUUCUUUCAUCGCUCCCCCAUCGUUAGCCUGGGGCUUUAAAGCCAAGCAGAUUUAUGAAAUUUAUAGUGAUGGUUUAAAAGUUAGAACUGUAUUGAGCGCGAGUGCAUUUCACAGAUCUUUUUUACCCGAGAGUUUACCUCGACUCGGCUAUGAAUUCUCGAUCAAUGAAAUAGGUGACAGCGUAAGAUGGUUUGGUAGAGGUCCAGGUGAAAGCUAUGCUGAUAAAAAACUUUCUCAAAGGAUUGACGUGUUUGACGUUGACUUCAAGGAUUUGAACUACUCAUAUGAAUAUCCCCAAGAGAAUGGAAAUCAUGAGGAUACCGAAUGGCUAAUUUUAAAAGCAGAAUCUAAGAAGGAUCUUUUAAUCCAAGCAGACAAGAAAUUCGGAUUCAAACUUUCCGACGAAUACAACUUACAAAAAGCCAAACAUCCAUUUGAUGUACAGCACGGAACUAGGUAUAUCAGGUUAGAUUAUAGACAGCACGGUGUUGGAAGUGAAGCAUGUGGUCCUCCUUUACCAAAAAACUAUAGAUUUACUUUUGAAGAAAAAAUAAGUUUCGAUUUUGACUUCAUAGUUAUUUAG